AUGAAACAUAUUUCCCAUACCUCAACCGUACUUGCACUGAUUGAGCAUGAGCCCAACCAGUCAUUUUUUGGAUCCAAAACACCAAGCAUGCCUCGCUACUUUUGUCACUAUUGCCAAGCGCACCUGACCCACGAUUCGUCGUCGGUGCGCAAGACACACAUCUCGGGCCGUAAGCACAAGGAGGCCGUCAAGUUGUUCUUUGAGAAUUACAUCAACGAGAACGGCUGGCCGCGCUUCCCGUGGCGCGCAGAGCCCUUCCACCCAAUGCCAAUCGAGCAGGACUGGGCACCACCAGGAGCCGAGCGCAGGCGUCGGUUUACACCCCGAGGCGGCGGUGGCGGCGGAUUCCGUGGCGGCGACCGUGGCGGCGAUCGUGGCGGCGACCGUGGCUUUGAUCGCGGUGGUGAUCGUGGUGGUGAUCGUGGCGGUGGUGAUCGAUAUGGCGGACGAGACGACCGAGGGCCGCGGCCGUCGUAUGUCGGUGGUGGUCCCAGCGUCGCGCCGUCGUACAAUGGCAAUGCCGCACCCGCUCCGCCGCCGUCGUACAACCGAGCACCCCUGACUGGUGCCAAUGCUGCUCCAUUCGGUGGUGGUGGUGGUGGUGGUGGUUACGCACCACCGCCGCCCGCAGGCUAUGCAAGCUUUGGCGGCGCGCCUCCACCACAGCAGCACUACCAACCCCAAUCACAACAUCACGGCGGCCCGCCAAACCCGUACAGCCAACAGCAACCACCAAGUGGCUAUCGACCAUACUAGUGGGGUUACUGUUGUGAGCGCGUUGUCCGUGGCAGGGGCUUUUUUUUUUUUACAACAAUAUUGUAUAAUCUUGUCGUGUGUUUGUUUAUGCAAAAAUGUAGGUGUUGAGUUUUGAGCGCAUUGCGCGAGUGUUGAUGAGUUUUUGAU